UACUGAAAAUAAUAAGUAUUAUUAUUAUAAGAACAAGACAAAGGGGAGGGUCCCCUCUGUUCUUUUUUUAAUACUUGUAAUAAUUGUUGUUAUCAUAUUUUUGUGUACAUACACAUUGGUUCAUCCAUCAAUUUGAUGUUUGCUCAUGUUGUCACGCAUCCAAGAUUUUCAAGAUAGUCAAUCAUUCAAAAUUCAAGCAUUGAUCUUCUUUUGAUUUAUUACCUUUUCAGGUAGGUGUCACGGCGGCUCCUGCUCCAUAGGCGCGUGGGCUGGCGGCGGUGGCGAUGGAACGUAGGGAUGCAUGGUGCGUUAAUGAAGCUAUAUCUGAGGGUGCGUGAUUACAGGGAUGCGUUGCGAUGAUUACAGGAAUGCAUUGGGUGAUUAUGGAAGGGUAAUUCCAUUCAGAUACUAUUUUCUUGGCCUUGCGUGAUUACAGGUGAUGCGGUUGCGCACGCGGAGCGUGAAGUUUCCUCUGCGGUGGCCUGAUGGAGUAUGUUCAGUCAAUCAAAAUUACUAAGUACUCCAUCAGAGAAUGGAUUAGCUUAAAGCUGGCCGUUAGAUUAAAUUUUGUGGUUCUAAUCAUGCGGUGAUAAUGGACCCGUGUACAUCUUAUGAGGUGUGUUUAGAGAAAAUCAUGUUUGCUUUUUUAUUAGUACUAGUAGAGAGUAAUGUUUUAUGUUUCAGCCUUCGUGCUUUUAAACUUGUGGCUCGUUGAUAUACCAUUUGGUAUGUUGGUCUGUUUGUUGUGAACUUCGUUAGAUGCUUUUUUGUGGCUUUAUAAAUUUAUAAAGCCGGACGCAAAAAUGAAAGAAUCCUGACCUCUCUAGAAACGUCCUCCCGUUUCCGCGUUCCUCCAGAAGGAGCAGAAGGAAGCGAUCCGUCAGACCAGCGCUUUUCCAGAUCGAACCGAGUCAGACCCAUCAGAACUGAGAACCGCGGCAACAAGGGAUCUCGCGAGGGCAAAAAUUCAGCAGCAACAAUCGUCAGCGAGGCCGAGGAAAGGCGCGGCGAUGUUCUUCUUCUUCGUGGGCGGCGUGGAGCAGGGCGCCGGGCGGGUGCUCAAGGAGGCGGCCGGGCGGUGCCUGCGCUGCGGCGGCGCGGCCGACCUGGUGGAGACCGAGAAGGUGCUCAAGCUCUUCUUCGUCCCGGCGUGGCGGUGGCCGGGCAAGGACCCCGCCUACCUCUGCCGCGGCUGCGGCCUACUCGCGCCGCGGUCCCUCGGCGGCGGGGAGCCGCUCCUCCCCCGCGCGGCGCAGUGCGGCGCGUGCAGCCGCGCCGUCGACCCGCAGUUCCGCUUCUGCCCCUUCUGCGGCUCCCCGCUGUGACGCGCGUUGCUCGCCUAGAGAGAGAACCAACACAGGUGACGAUACUCUUUUCUCUGUCCCUAGACAGUUUGUGCAGCAGAGUUAUAAGUUACCUUCUGGUUUCGCCAGAGUUGCACCGUGUGUGGAUGUAAAAUGUGGUGAAAUGGUUGUACUAAAUGUGGUCAAUAAAACUCGUCGUAUCCAUCACUGGGCACAAGCACGCUACUACAAAUCUCAUCUCAGAGCUCAAAUUG